AGACCUAUGUGUCAUCCUGCGGUAAAGUAAAAAAAAAAAUCCAUGUACUUUUCAGUACAGUACCUUCGCCAUCAGUUAAUGGCUGCUCAUCACUAACCCACCUAUGAUGAAUGCCAUGUUUGUGCUUAAAUUUUGAGACCAGACCACUCAUAUUCUGCAUUCAUUUUCAUUUGAGCAUGAAAUGUUUGGCCUUUUCUAUAAGCAGGGCAAAAACUGCACUUGUAUGAGCCACAAGGUAUGCCUUCAUGUUUCAGAACACAAACAAUGUCUAGGAAGGGGGUUAAUGUCACCUCCAACCACUACCUCCUAGCACGCGUGCCUCGCCAUGUGUUUGUUCACCUGGAGGCAUCUGAGCCACCACCGGCCAGCCUGGCAAUGGGAAACAACAUAACACUUAUGCAUGUCCAUGAUGGCACAUUCCAUCCCAACCAUGAGAACCAAGUUGAUGUCAAGUUCCAGACUGGUCAAUGGUUUAAAAGAGUUGUUGGUCGAGGUCAAGCAAUAAAAUCUCAAGAACUGGCCAACAGGGAGGAAAUCAUGAUGGUUUUGGAAAAUAUGGAGCUUCUUUUGAUAAGGUAUUCUCUUAAUUCUUUAAAUUUUAUGUUAUGUUCAUAAUCUUACUGUGUUGUACGUAGAUCUUUUCAGGUGAGCUACUUAAUGCCUACCUGUUAAGUUUAAAUAGCUUUCAGGUAAUAUUUUAUAUACAGUAAUCCUUCAAAAUUAAUGGACCUAACGCAUUCAGAAACUAUGAUUACCAUUAAAAUUUGUCAUUAUUAUUAUUUUGAACUGUAGUAUCAUCACACUUCUGGCAAGACAAUGAUGGAAUGAUUGGCAAUGAAAAUGUUUCUUCUUUCUCGGGUUACCCUGCCUCAGUGGGAAACUGCUGAUGUGUUAAAAAAAAAGCUAACGAGGCAAGCUUGAGGUGAGAGGAAGGAGAGGCAGUCAUCUGUGAGUCCUGUAUUGAGUGAGUGAUGGUGAAACUUUGUGGGAAAUGUCUAGUGAAUAUAUUAAAAGAAAAGAAGAGUGGAAAAGAAGUAGCUUGAGUUAAGCAGUGACGGCAGGAGUAGACUUGGUACAAAGGUGCUGUGAAGGCUUACUCAGCCCUGUAACAACUUCAGACAGUAUUACCAAGGCUGACUCCUCCUCAGGAAAAUUAAUGAAUAGAAAAAGAACAAAAACUGACAAACAUA